GGAAGUGGGAAACGAAAGUAGAACAGCCCACGUGGGUGGGGCUACUUAAAAAUACUUGCAGUACAAAAACGAAGGACACAAGUUCCGCUUGUAGUCGAAGCAUGCGACAAGAAGAUGCCGUGUACUCGUCAUGAUCUUUGACUUUCAGGAUUCAUAAGACUGUGACUGCAUCACAAUAGUUCUGAUGAACUCGGGUUUCCCCCCCCUUGACAGCGUGAUAUACAAGACGUCUACAGCCAGUAGCGUGACUCUGUUUCAAACCCUAGCGGCACCUAUCUGUUCAUCUUCGGGACGUUGAAACGUGUGACUUGGAAAUGGGCAAAUUUUACAACACGCGGUCGACAAGCUGAAUGAUACUGGCUCUCAGGUGUAUUUUUACGGACAUUUCGUGCCUAUUUUUGUGUGUGUGCGAGCGCGCGUGCUUGUGUUUGCCAGAAGUAUAAGUGCAACCGACGAGUGAGCAUUUCCUCUUUGAAGAGACACCUCCGAAUCCACCGAGUUGUGUCCUGCUGCAAUUGGGAAUCAUAGUGCGACCUAACAUGGCAUCUACAAUUGAGAGGAAGACCAUGGAAGUUAACGAAGAACUAGUGGAUGAGGUCCUCCAGGUGCCUCCGUCAAUGCUGAUGUGUGGUGGCUGUCAGCAAAGCAUUGGAGACCGUUUUUUCCUGAAAGCCAUAGAGCAGUACUGGCAUGAGGACUGCCUGAGUUGUGACCUUUGUGGCUGCCGGCUGGGAGAGGUUGGCCGAAGAUUGUACUACAAGCUCGGUAGGAAGCUGUGUCGAAGAGACUACCUAAGACUGUUUGGUCAGGAUGGGCUUUGCGCUUCCUGUGAGAAGAGGAUCCGGGCAUUUGAAAUGACAAUGCGGGUUCGUGACAAAGUGUACCACCUUGAGUGUUUCAAAUGCGCAGCCUGUCAGAAGCAUUUCUGUGUUGGUGACCGCUACUUGCUUAUCAACACAGACAUUGUAUGUGAGCAGGACAUUUUUGAGUGGACCAAACUCAACAGCAACUUACGAUAACUUCCUUUAACGACUUGAAAGCUGGUGUGGCCAAAUUUUAUUACAGUUACUACUUUACAGAACAGCUACAUAACAGUUAAGCAAGUGCAGUUCUAUAGAAUUGAGUUUCAAAUAUAUUUUUAAUAUUUUCAAUUCACCAGCACAUAACCAAGAUUUCAUUUGCCUUGGGAAAGGUGAAGACAUUUUUCAAUGUAUGAGGGCAAUAAUAGCUGUUUCACAAACCUUUUUUUAGAUAGUCAUACACACUGGAAAAUAAAAAUGUAGUUUGUUAUUGAGUCACACUGGCUACAAAUAAUGUAUGUGGAUACAUUUUAUAGAAUAAUUUUUUAAAAGGUCCCAUUUUCUCAAUAUAAGUAGGUCAUAUGCCUCUAAGUAGGAUGCUAGUGGCCUUUUUAUUUAAAAUAUAAAGGCACCAAAACUUUUGGUGCCUGUUUAGGCCUACUUCAAACGGACCCUUUAGGUGCCUUUUGGACAGUUCUAAUCUAUGACUCUUGCAAGUGCGGUCUUAACUUCUCAUAGUCACCAGCAUAGUCAAUUUUCAUGUUGGCUGAACAGCUGACUCAUGCUGCUCCACAUUACACAUCUUAAUGAGUAUCAAAUGUUUUUUCACCUUAUAAUGUUUUCCUUAAAUUUAUGUGCUGUAAUUUUAUUUUGCAUUGAUGUAACUGUUAAGUGGAGUUUAUCACAGAUAAAUCUGACCCAGGAAUUGUUGCAUUAAGUUGUAUGUAACAGAAAAUAAAAAAGUAGAUUGGAUGGGUUUAAAUCUCUACAGAAUAUACUAGGAUUUAAUUUUUCUUCGGUGGAAUUUGUUUUAGUUAAAACUUGUAAUUUGGCACACAAUUACUUCAUUUAAUUCUAUUAAUUUAAAGGUCAUUUUUUCAUUAUGGGUCAUUUGAGUUAAGAACUAGGUAAUCAUUAAGCCAUCUAAAACAUUUCUUUGUACAUGCUCUAGCCCUAUCUGCUUUUUUAAUUUGAAAUUUCAUUAAAUCUUAUAUAGCUGACACAAAGACCUAUUCAGUGACUUGAGAUUAAUGACUUAAUUCCUUUUAAUCCAUGUACAAAUUGUAGAAUAAUAAUUCUUAUUUUACAAAACAUGUAUAAGGAAAUGGGCUCACUUGGUAAACAUGCUACAGUGAGUAUUCAGUAUGCUAUUUUUUAAGUAUUAUGCGAAUAAAAAAAUUGAAAUGAUCAGUCUUUAAAUAAAAAAUUGUCAGAUUUGACACAUUAAA